AUGGGUCGCAGUGACAAAGUCAAGGGUCCACCAGAGAUCUCACUGGAGCGGCUGCGCAGUCUGCCGGCCGAAGAACAGUCAGGCAGCUGGAAGCUUUACAAGAAGCUGGGAGGGCGGCGCCGAUGCCUUCCGAAGUCUGUUGUGGAGGAAUUCUUGCUAAGAAGCACGCUGGGUCCAGAAGUUGUCAAGAGCAUUCUCGACACUGCUCUCACUGGUGACGCUGGAGACGAUGUGGAUUUCGAGUGCUUUUGCGUUGCCUGCCGCCUGGUAGCGCAGAUGCAAGAGCUCGGGCAUUUUGCUUCCAUCUCCGACGUCCCGGCCAACCCUCCUUACUUUGCAGAGGAGCAUGAGGAGCAGGCCGCAGAGGACAAGGGGGAGGAGCAGAAAUCUGAGUUCGACUUCGAAGGCGUUGCCUUCGGCGUGAUCUCGCAAGGUCCAACUCAGCCAACAAGCAUUCCGAUUGGGGAGGUGGACGCGGGAGCGUCAGCGGCACCAGUGCCAGGUGCCCAGACGCAUCGUGAGUCGACGCGUUACGCAAACGAUUCCUUCUCGGCAAGGUUUGCUGGCAGCUCUGCCGUCAUGGAGGCGACCUUCAGUGGCGGAGUGGAACCUGCGGAUCCCAGGCUGGCCCGGCUCGAGCGCGAGCUGGUCAAGUGCAGAAGGGAAGUUGAAGUCUACUUGGCCGAGAAGGCACGCCUCGAGGAGCACAGCAAUGCUUUGAAACAGUGGAAGUGGCCGUACGUCAGCAUCUGGCCCAAGAUGUUUGCAAGCUUGCGGAAGACGUUGCCGAACAAGACUCUUGAAUAUUAUGUUUCACAGAACCAGGCGGCACUCCACAAUGCCGCCAGGAAUCGACAGCCAAUGUUGUUGAAAAAACUGAUUCAGUCCAGAUGUGAUCCGACGCAGCGUGACAAGUUUGGCCGGAUCCCUUUGUUCGCGGCAGUGUUGAACUCGGAAUCUUUGGCCAGUGGUCCAUCCCCAGAGCAGCAGGGCUGCGUGGACAUUCUCCUGCAACAUGGAUGCUGCAUUAACUCUGUGGAUUCGCAUGGCCGGAGAAUAGUGAACUACCUGGAAGAACUCCAUAUGCCCAAGUACAAGAGCGUGGCUAUGCUGCUAAAGCAGAUGAGGAGUGCGUCCGCGGGCACACGUGGCGUCAAAUCUGCCAGGGCACCAGCGCCUACAGCGUCUACAGAAGCGGCUCCUGUCCCGAGAUGCGUCGAGGAGGUGGCCGCAAUGUGGAGUGCGUGCCAGUCUCCAUGGCAGGAGCUGCAGCUGCUCCACCAGGUGCUGAGCCAGCCGCAACUGGCAUUUGAAGCGCUGAAGAUCUUGGAUCGGGAGCCAGCCUUGAACUCCUCCCACUCCUGCCUACAUACAGCAGAUCCAUUAACUGGACGCUCAGCUCUGCACGUAGCAGCGCGCCAUGGCAAUGAGGAGGUCGUGGCAUUCUUGCUGCAACGAAGGUGCGACCCAACACAGACUGAUAUCGUGGGCAGAACAGCCCUGCAUAUUGCUGCCGUGGAAGGGCACGCAGCAUGCAGUAAAGCAAUCCUGCAGCAUUUUUGCGAGGACGACGAUGCCAGAGCAGCGCUCCUGGACAAGCAGGACUUGUUCUGCGAGACGGCAUCGUCUGCAGCACUCCGAGAGCACCAUUCUGGUGUAUUCCGAAUGCUGAGAGUACACCAGGACCUUGGCGCCUGGCCGCUCGAGAGUGAGCCAUCUGAGCAAGAGCCGGCGCCACCGGGAUUUUUCCUGCACUCAGACAUGUCGCCGGCGCCAGGGACGCUUCAUGAGCUCCUGGUGCCAAGCUCACCUUUACCUUGCGGGUCCAAGAAGGGAGGACGUGGAGAGCAAAGCGGAAGAUCGCAAGAGGCAAAGAGAGCUGCCCAAGUUUCCAUGUCAGAGCCGGCGCGGGCCAUCGAAACUGAGCGGUCUCAGCCGGGAGUCUUUCUGCGAAAAGAAGGAUGCGGAGAACUAGAGGUUCGCCAGGAGACCAAAGUGCUUGACGAGAUAAAGAAGCUCGGGAGGAUGCUUGAGCAGCAGCAGGCAGAGAUGUCUGCGUUGAAGGAAAGCAUGCAACAUGUGCUCAGCUCCUUGGAGAUGAAGGCAGAUGCGGGCCAGCUCAGCAGCUUGCAACACAGCCUUCAAACACUUUCGGCGGCGCUGCCAGACAAGGCCGAUGCUGGUCGCAUUCAUACCCUUCAGCAACAACUUUCGCAUCUCACCAGAACCGUCAAGCAGAAGGCCGAUCGGGAUGACGUCGCGGGGCAGGAGCAUGUCCAGAAGGUCUCAGAGCGAAUUAGCACCCUGCAAAGUGAGAGCAUGGAGCUAAAGGCGGCGCUCGCGCACAAGGCUGAUGCCGCCGUGCUGCAGAAGGAGGCGUAUCGUUUGGAGCUCGCACUGGAGCAGAAGGCUGAAGCCGAAGAGAUUAGCACGCUGCGCCAGAAGCUGGACCAGCUUCAACAUGCUCCUGCACCUGUGGAUCACGAGGCUGACAUGUCUGAAGUCAAGAUGAAGCAACAUGAGCUGCAGUGCAGCGUGCAGCAAGUGCUGGGCACCUUGGAGAUGAAGGCAGAUGCAGACAAGCUCGCCAGCCUGUCCGCGGCACUGGAAGACAAGGCGGGAUGCAGCACAGUCCUGGCCAUGCAGCAGAAGUUGCAGCAGCUGGCUGCCAUCUUCGACGAGAAGGCAGAUGUCCUCGGCAGCCAGCCAGAUUCCAGAGAACGGGCCCGGCAGGCAGAGGACGAGCAGAAGCUGGAAGGAAAGGGUCAGAAGGCACAAGCUGGGCCUCUCGUGCCUGUUCAGGAGCAGGAGAGAAGCCUGCCACCCGAGACCUCUCCAAAUUCGAGUUCUUCAAAGGUGCGGAAACGUGGAAAUCCUGGUGACAAGGGUUCCGAGAAGCCUUCGAAGACCUAUGUUCUCUGCGCGAGAGACCCUCGCACUGGCGAGCUCCUGAAGGGGCCUGCGCAUGCUGCCCAGAUCCGCCGCGACUGGGUCGGCGAUCCAGAGGUCUGCCGCCUCGGACUUAGCAGCGACCUCGAAGCCAUAGCGGAUGCCGCAGAGAAGACGACGUGCUGGUCGAGCGCGGCGAAUGCGGCCGCACGCCAGAAGACGACGUGCUGGUUCUCUCAUAUUUGA